AUGCUGCUCUCACUUCCCCCUGAGCUAAUCCUGCUCAUUUUGGAAAGGUGUGAUAGCACGUCUUUCUUACAGGCAGCCUUUUCCUGCCGUACUCUGCUAGAGAUUGCCACUAGCAGCCGCGAUGUGGUUCUCGAGCAGCUCUAUCAAACCCCUGGGCACCUUUUCCAAGGGGUCGAUUCGGCCAGACAACGUUUCCAUGCGCUUUUAGGGAUGUCUCACGAGGCGCUGUUUGGAGUUGAAUUUCAGUUUGAACGAAAAUGCUUCAACUUUGAAGGCAAAGUGAUCGACAGCCGUGCUUCUACUUUUGCAGAUGUUGGAGAUGAAUGCUCCCACAAGCAAGUUCUGUUGGUCUUCAAAAAUGACUCUACAGUUUAUCUCUUGGACCUUCGGGACGGGGUGUUCAGCCUUAAAAGACGCCUCGAGGCUCCUGACAACGCAAAGGAAAAUGGAGAUGUCCAGAUUCUCCAUACUUCGUGUCAUAAUGGAAGAAUAUAUGUGCUACAUCGUGUUAAGCCUUUUAUUGACCAAGGGCCUGAUAGUAACCGCCCUUUCGUGAAACAGGCACUGCAGUCUUACCCCCGCGGAACCUUUUUCUUGGCUUGCUAUGAUUUGAAUUCUGAGCCCAACGCAAUUUACCUAUAUGGAUUUCCUUACCAUGGGAGCUGUGAACCUCUGAGCUUUGCGGUGCAUGAUGAGCAAUUUGUGAUUUCCUGGCAACAUGUGCAACAUGCUUACGAUCAUCAAGUGGUUCUUUACACCAUGCUGGAUUUUGGAUGCGAGAUGUUGGCAUCGGACGAUGACUUGCAAGAAGAUGAGGAUGAAGGAAAUGACCAGGUUGUAUCACAGACCCAUGCAAAAACCAUGCCAGUCAUCAACUGCAAAUACUCGACUUAUAUUCUCUCAGAAAACCCCAACGAAGGCCAGGAAGAUAUCGAGCCGACAGUGAAAUUGGAGUUCAAUGACCAAGGUCAACAAUUACUACACUACUACCGAGCUCAAGCCCUAUAUGGUUCUUUCCAGAGGAUUCAUAUCGUCUCUCCGGGCCGGCGUUAUCCGACAGUUUAUCCUAACAGUUGCGAUGUUGAAUAUAGUCGGUUACUCGGCCUCAAUUUCUCAAUUGGAAUCCCGUUUUUUUCCCACCACGACGACGUCCAAGGAUCUGCUCCGCCUCGAUGUGAGUGGCGAUAUCUCUCGAUCGGUAUUGCGACCCAUCGCAAAGACCACUGGACCGUAGCUUGCAUAUUGCAAUCCCAGGCCUUCCCCUUGGCUCAUCGCUGUGAUCAUGCAGAGAACCUUGGCCGAGGAAGGCGGUUUGAUAACUGGAAGAUCAUGGCCCAGUUAGGUGGUUUCAAAGAGACUAUCACUUCACAGGGAUCUUUGUUUGCAAUUUCGCCCAGGGUAAGCAGGAUCGCAAUGGCUAGCUGGAAGACUGUGACCGUCUGGGCCAUCGAUACGAAUGCGGUGCUCGCAAACGACGAAACCUUCUAUCAUGAGUCAUUGCAAACGGGAAGAGGAUAUCCAGAACUCCGGCCCGCUGUGAUCCAUCUGGAUGCCGUGUGUUCUCAGUUAAAGUUUACCGAGAGGGAAAAUGAGCUGGUUGCUAUUACCGACCGAGGGCUCAUACUCCUGCAUCUCAUGCCCGACGGGUGUGGAAUCCAUUUUGUUGAUUGCGAUGGGGCACAUAUUCUCAAGGAAAAAGUCACCCUCCCCUAG